AUGACUGCGUUUCAAACAAAUCUUAACCACAGUAGUUGUUCCGACAAAAUAACUGAAGUUGAUGCCAAUCUCACUGUGGUUCAACUGAGCUCUACGCACAAUGUUUGUGUCGCUCAUGAGGAAUGUCGUCAAUAUGGGGAACGGAUGGGACUUUACAUGUUUCUUAUAGGACGACAUUUCACAAGGCUCCCGGAUGAGUGCAUAGCCGGUGAAAAAGACGUUUGGACCAGUUUGAAUGAUCUACUGAUUAAUUCUGGCACAUCGAAAACCGGAUGGAAGGACGCAGAUCCACGUGAUCCAUUGUUCGCAUCAAGUGACAACUCUUUCAACUGGUUGGAAGGUCAACCAGGGGGAAAUGAACACGCGGUGGGUUUAGAAAAGAAAUCGAGAAAAAUUCACGAUAUCCCCAUGUUGUGGAGAGGCAAUCCGCAUCAAAUCGUGUGCCAGAUGGCUUGGUCUGUUUCAACAAGUCACCCCAUCAUGGUGCUAUCACAGUUCCGUUCGGAUUAUCCGUCAGUGAUUCGAGAGCUUAUUAGUCAGAGUACAACAGAGGAUUCGUGUUACGAAUCGUUCACAAGUACCACUGCUAUUGAAUGCGCUAAAAAAUGCUAUCUGAACGCAUAUUGUCGAUCAAGCUACUUCCACAACGACUCAAACACCUGUAUCUCCAUGCUGUACGUGGAUGCCAAAGUUCCAUCAAAAUUCGCUCAACUCAUUGGUCCGUGGAAGCGAUAUGCACGCACAGCUUGA